AUGCCCAACGAAACCAAGCAGGCCUCUGUAUCCACCAGUGUCGACGACAAUACAACCCCUACAGCAGUCACUACAAUCUUAGCAGAUGACGAUGUCCCGAGGACGUCCACAGGGAACGCUGACGAGCAGGUCAUAGUGGCACUGGGGUAUAAGCAGGAAUUCAAGCGGGAGUUUUCACUAUGGACGACGUUUUGUGUGAGUUUUGCGGUGUUGGGAUUGCUGCCGUCGUUCGGGAGUACCUUAGCUUAUGGGAUGGGAUAUGCUGGCACGGCAGGAAUGGUCUGGGGAUGGAUUAUUGCCAUGGUUUUCAUCCAGUGUAUUGCCAUGGCUAUGGCGGAGCUUUGCUCGGCAAUGCCUACUAGUGGCGGACUGUACUAUGCAGCAGCUGUCUUAGCACCACCUGAAUACGGACCAUUUGCAGCGUGGAUUGUCGGCUGGUCGAACUGGAUCGGACAGGUCACAGCCGCGCCGUCAGUGAACUAUUCCCUAGCUGCGAUGAUUCUGGCCGCGGUAUCAAUCGAGAAUCCAAGCUAUGAACCGACGAAAUGGCAUACGUUCCUGCUGACAGCAUUGCUGUUGGGCGUACACGCGGGCAUAAGCAGCAUGCCAACGCGCUGGAUUGCAAAUUUCAACUCAUACGGUUCGACGUUCAACCUACUAGCUCUGAUUUCCGUCUUGAUUACAAUUCCCGUGCAGAUAGCCACAGACGACAGUGACAGGAGGCCAUGGGGGUUUAAUCCCUCAUCCGACGUCUGGGGCAACAUAAACAACCGCACUGACUGGCCCGACGGCAUUGCAGUGCUAAUGACCUUCGUCGGUGUCAUCUGGACAAUGGCGGGUUACGACUCCCCUUUCCAUUUAAGUGAAGAAUGCUCGAAUGCCAGUAUCGCCGCACCACGCGCCAUCGUAAUGACCUCUGCCAUUGGUGGGGUGUUAGGAUGGCUCCUCCAACUCGUCGUCGCAUACACAGUCCAUGACAUCGAGGCCGUAAUGAACUCCUCGCUAGGCCAACCUUGGGCCUCGUAUCUGCUCCAAGUCCUUCCCCGCAAAACGGCAAUAACCCUCCUCUCUUUAACCAUUAUCUGCGGCUUCUCAAUGGGCCAGGGCUGCAUGGUCGCUGCAUCACGCGUGACGUACGCCUACGCACGAGACGACUGCUUCCCCCUUUCGCGCAUCUGGAAGCGCGUAAACACAAAAACCCAAACCCCCGUAAACGCAGUCCUCCUCAACGCCUCUCUCGGAGUCCUUAUGAGUCUCCUCAUGCUAGCAGGCUCAGUGGCUAUCGGCGCAUUGUUCAGUAUCGGCGCAAUCGCCCAAUUCGUUGCUUUCGGAAUCCCCAUUGCUAUCCGCGUGUUCUUUGUGGGUGACAGGUUUCGACGGGGUCCGUGGGAUCUGGGACCUACUUGGCUGGGGAGGAUGGUUGGUGGGGUUGGGGUGAGUUUUGUGGUGCUGAUGGUGCCGGUUUUGUGUCUACCUCAGGUUCAGGGGGAGCGGUUGACGCCGCAGUUGAUGAAUUGGACGUGUUUGGUGUAUGGGGGGCCGAUGUUGGGGGUCGUGAUUUGGUGGGUGGUUGAUGCAAGGAGGUGGUUUAGGGGGCCGAAGGUGAAUGUUGAGCAUGUUUAUGGGGAGAGUGGUGAGUUAGCAAGUGGUAGCUAUACAGAGUAA